CUGCCUUCCCGAUGUAGAGUUUCUUGCGUUGAUAAAGAAAAACUGCUGAAGUCAUAAGCCUGCUCCAGGCAGAGCCCUCAUGUGAGUCAUAUGAAAGCUCCAUCCUGCUGACCUCUGGCAAAAAGGGAGUGAACGGGGACAGAAGAGGCAGAGGGGAAGAGGUUUUCUCCUUGAGCCUACGAGAUUAUGGGUCAAGAACUGUGUGCAAAGACUCUUCAGCCUGGAUGCAGCUGCUAUCGCAGUUCAGAGGGAGGCCAGGCACGCAGCUGUCUGAGGAGUCAACCCGUGACGAUGGAGGCUGCGUUUGAGCUAACAGACCUAAAAGAAGCAUCAUGUGCUAUGACUUCAUUUCACCCCAGGGGACUUCAGGCUGUCCGUGCAGAGAAGUUCAAGAGUAAAAGGCCACGCAGUAACAGCGAUUCUUCUCAGGAAGAGGAUCUGAGGCAGGGUUUUCAGUGGAGAAAGAACCUCCCUUUUGGGUCAGCCUCGUCUUACUUGAACUUGGAGAAGCUGGGUGAAGGUUCUUAUGCUACAGUUUAUAAGGGGAUUAGCAGGAUAAAUGGACAACUAGUGGCCUUAAAAGUCAUCAGCAUGAACGAAGAGGAAGGGGUCCCAUUCACAGCUAUCCGGGAAGCUUCUCUCCUGAAAUGUUUGAAACAUGCCAAUAUUGUGCUUCUGCAUGACAUAAUCCACACCAAAGAGACACUGACAUUUGUUUUUGAAUACAUGCACACAGACCUGGCUCAGUACAUGUCUCAGCAUCCAGGAGGACUUCAUCCUCACAAUGUCAGACUUUUCAUGUUUCAACUUUUACGGGGCCUGGCAUACAUCCACCACCAGCGCGUCCUUCACAGGGACUUGAAACCUCAGAACUUACUCAUCAGUCACCUGGGAGAGCUCAAACUGGCUGAUUUUGGUCUUGCUCGAGCCAAGUCCAUUCCCAGCCAGACAUACUCUUCAGAAGUCGUGACUCUGUGGUACCGGCCUCCUGAUGCUUUGCUGGGAGCUACUGAAUAUUCUUCAGAGCUCGACAUAUGGGGUGCAGGCUGCAUCUUUAUUGAAAUGUUCCAGGGUCAUCCUUUGUUUCCUGGGGUUUCCAACAUUCUUGAACAGCUGGAGAAGAUCUGGGAGGUGUUGGGAGUCCCUACAGAGGAUACCUGGCCUGGAGUCUCCAAGCUACCUAACUACAAUCCAGAAUGGUUCCUGAUGCCUAAGCCUCCAAACCUUAAGAUUGCCUGGAACAGGCUGGGCAGCGUCCCUGAAGCUGAAGAGCUGGCUUCCCAAAUGCUGAAAGGCUUUCCUAGAGACCGCGUCUCUGCCCAGGAAGCACUUGUUCAUGACUAUUUCAGAGCCCUGCCGUCUCAGUUGUACCAGCUUCCCAAUGAGGAGUCUUUGUUUACGGUUUCAGGGGUGAGGUUGAAGCCAGAAUUGUGUGACCUUUUGGCCUCCUACCGGAAAGGUCAGCACCCGGCUCCGUUUAGCAAAUGCUGGUGAAAAAAGAGAAGUCACCAACAUCCUUCCAGGCAAAGAGAUCCCUGAGCCAGAAGGUUGAUUUCCCAAUAGGACAGAUGGGAGACGGACAAUUGAAAGAAUUUGGAGAGAGACCAGGUACAUAGAGAGACCUGUCACUCCUGCAUACGCUUCCAAUUUCUCCCAACAAAAGAACUUCUGUGGCAAGGAGAGGAUGAGUCUCCAGUUUGGAGACGUCUCCAGAGAAGAUGAUUCGGAUAAAGUUGUCAGCAAAAAGACUUGCUUAAGACUACCUGUUACUGUUUUCCUAGGAGCGUUUCUUUGUUCACUAUCUGGAUUAUCAGAACACAUUACCACCCCACCUCACCCAGAUUUCGGGAGUUUGGACUGAGUUGCUGUUUAGAAUUGAAUUUCAGGUUCUCUCUUUCUACUGAAUCCUAAUCAUUGCAGUGAUGGCAAAAGUGAUGUGAAAUCUAAGCUCUGAUUUGAUGGCAGAGAUACUGAAGACUGAUAGAAGUAAAGGGUUCCAAAGAUGUAAUGCAAGCCCUGUUGCCCCAUCAGACACACAUGCAUGUGCACAUACACAAGAAAGCCCUCUAGAAAAAUGAGAGAUCUUUGUAGGCUAACACACGUGCCAUUUUCUACAAUGGCUCUUUCUAAAAGAAAACAGGGAAACUCAAAUUACUUCUGUCUAGGGAUUACAUCAGGGAAUGUUGUAACCUAGAAACCAGAGCCCUCUAUAAAUACUUUAGAAGAACAAGGACGAACUAAUUGAAAAAUAGUAACUAUGCACCCAGUGUCUGAGAUGGAAGAAGAAAAAACACAUACAAAUAGUCCAAAGAAAUCUGCUUUAGUAUUUGAUUUUAGUAAGGCACUUUGAAACAGCCUAUCUGGAUCUGAAAGGUGACAAAGCGUAGGCUGGAUGAUGGGGCAGAGACGUGCACUGAAAGAAUGACAGUUAUUCAGCUGAGAGGCCAAUAGUGCUACAGUACAAACUUCAGCCUGGUGUCCUAUUCCAGUCAAAAAUGCUUAUUAACCAGGGCUGCAAAAAGAGAAGACCUAAACCAGGCCAGCGUGAGGUCUAGCAGUACUACGGCCAUUUUGAAAUGAAGAAAGGCCUCUAACAAGACCAAUGUAGGGGCUUGCAGGUAGCGUGGUGGCUAAGGGUAUUGGACCCCCACAUGGCAGACUGUGGUUUGAA